AUGCCGGAGGAAGUCGAGUCUCAGGAAGUCAGUCUUGAGGUCGACGUCUUGGCGGGUCCGAUACUGCCUGAGGAUAAUUAUCAGGCUCGUGAAGGCCAUAAGGAACACAUUAACAAGCUCUUUUCCAAGAAAUUCGACCGUAUACAGUCAUUAGACUACUUUAAACCACCCUCACAGAUCAGACCCACUGCCGAUCCCAUCACUAGUCUCAUCCCGCCCUCAUCGCCGAGAUUUCAUCACCACUUACCAUCAGCGUUACCACAUCAACCAACCGAAUGCACACUACCCAUCCCAGAGUUUGACCAUACAGCCUACUACACAGACCUCACCACCACCUACCACAUGCAGCCCAUCCGACCAUACCAAACUCCAACGUCCAAUCUACCCAUAUCUCACCACCACACACCACCAUUAACUCGUUUAUCUCUACCACACCAGUCUCGACCACACCGACUCACCAUCUCAAACCACCACUAUCCGAAUUAUGUUACAAUCAUCAACGACCAUCACUCACCACCAGACCACCACCACCCACCACCACUCAUCAUCACCAAACGAUUGAAUCCACCAACCCGCAAUCCACCACCUUCCAUCCCAACUCACCAUAAACCACCAUCACCCCGCCAAUCAUCACCACCACCAAAAACCACCUCCCAAAUACAUUCAUCCUACCCACCAGCACAAUGCCGCGACCACACCACCCACCACCCACCACCACCAUACAACCACCACCGAUCUGAUGUAUAUCGAGCCAUUCAGCCAUCCAGCUCGAUGAACUCCCACGCGAAUAGGUGGACUAAAAGGAAAGAUACACGAAAGUUGCCUAGGAGCUCCGCCACAGGACUCGAGUGCUCAUAA